AUGGCACCUCUUAAGGGGAUGUUUGUUUAUGCUAUAUCGGUUGUUGUACUAGUAAGUGGAGUAAAUUGCAUUGACAUCUAUCAUGAAUGGAUUGUUUCCAUUGACACAACUAUCAAUCCUUUGAUAUCUCCUCAAUCUGUUAUCACUAUCAAUGGAAUGUUUCCUGGACCACUAAUCAAUGCCACAACUAAUGAUGUUGUACAUGUGAAUGUCUUCAAUGACAUGGAUGAACCCUUGCUCAUAACAUGGAAUGGCAUCCAACAAAGGCUAAAUUCAUGGCAAGAUGGAGUUUCUGGUACAAACUGUGCAAUUGAACCUGGAACAAAUUGGACAUAUGUGUUUCAGGCUAAGGAUCAGAUUGGCACUUUCACUUACUUCCCUUCAAUCAACUUUCACAAGGUUGCUGGAGGAUCUGGACCUAUUCGAGUCAAUAAUCGUGCUGUCAUAGCUGUCCCUUUCCCCAAACCAGAAGCUGAGUUUGAUCUUCUGAUUGGCGACUGGUUCCGUACUGAUUACAAGUCUCUUAGGUCCUCUGUACAAGACAGGCAAUCUAGUCAGUUCUUUGAUGUUCCUCAUGCAAUCUUGAUGAAUGGUAAAAGACCAUAUGAUGAACUCUCAAUUUCGAAUGGACACGAAUCUUUUACUGUAUCAAAUGGAAUGACUUACAGAUUCAGGAUAUCGAACGUUGGAACCGUCAUGAGUUUUAACUUCAGAAUUCAGAACCACAAGAUGGUUUUGGUUGAGACAGAAGGUUCUUACACAAAUCAGAUAACACUUGACUCUCUCGACGUGCACAUUGGCCAAUCGUAUUCUGUUCUCGUUACUGCUGAUCAAAAUGAAGCUGAUUAUUUCAUUGUAGCAACUCCUAAAAUGUUCAAAAGUAAUGAGUCUCGCAAUAGUGAAUCUCUGGAAGGAAUAGGGGUUCUGCACUAUGCCAAUUCUUUAACAACAGUUAGUGGUCCUGUUCCUUCUGGUCCUGAUCCAUUUGAUGUCGAGUUUUCAGUCAAUCAAGCCAAAUCAAUCACGUGGAACCUGACAACAGGAGCUGCAAGGCCUAAUCCACAAGGAACAUUUAACGUGUCAAACGUGACGUUGGCUCAAACUUUUAUCCUUCAGGGAUCGAAGGGUGAAAUUAAUGGCUGGCCGCGAUAUGUAGUCAACAACGUGUCCUAUCUCAAACCGGAGACACCAUUGAAACUUGCUGAUAUGUUUGUGAACGGAUCUGGUGUCUACGAAUUAGAUCGAUUUCCUGUUCACUCUGUGAAUGAUGCUGCUGCUUAUGGAGUUUCUGUUGUCUCUGGAAUCCAUAAAGGGUGGCUAGAAAUCGUCUUCAAGAACAAUCUCGAUAUUAUGGAUUCUUGGCAUUUGGAUGGUUUCGGAUUCUAUGUUGUAGGAUUUGGGAAUGGAGAAUGGACACCAGCAGCACGUGAAAUGUACAACAUUUUCGAUCCUGUUGUUCGUUCAACAGUCCAAGUUUAUCCUGGAAAAUGGACAGCAGUGUAUGUUUUUCUUGACAAUCCUGGAAUGUGGAACUUGAGAUCACAACACUUGAAGAAUUGGUACUUAGGACAAGAACUUUUUAUACGAGUUUUCGACGAUAAUCCUAAUCCUGCUAAGGAGAGACAACCACCUCAAAAUCUUCUUUUGUGUGGGUUGUUUGAAAGUUCUAUUUCACCUGUUGCAAGUCCAACUCCAGCUCCACAAGCAGGAUGGUGAUAGUAGUUCUAUUGAUUACAUGAAGAUUCAUAUAUGAUGUUAAUUCCAAUUAUUGUAUCUUAUAUCUCAUAACCAAAAUAACAUUUUAUAUUUGAAAGUAAAAUCUUGAGGUUUAAACAUUGUUUAUUUGGUUGUCUUGAU